AACCUGGCAAGGGGACAUUGCAUAGACAUUGCCGAGAUAGCAUAUAAGCACAAAUCCAGAAAAUAUUUGAUGUUUGAUGAGGUUGAGGUUCCUCAUAACUCACCUGAUAUAUAAUGUGCAGAUGCUGAAUGGAGAGACAAAAUGGCUUCUCCCCUUAACCCAAUGGCUAGUUCACACGCUCGUUCUAUCAGCUUGCCCUCUCGAUCACACCCCACAGUUCCUCGAAUUGAGGAGCUUCUUUGCCGGUUAAGGCCCGUUAAUAUUACCUCUUUGUCAUUGUCUGAAAUUGACUGCAAACUCAGUGGCCUAAGAGAUUUGCUUGAUUCUUUUGAUAAGUUCUUGUUAUUGCCACAGACACAGCAAGCCUUUUCCCGAGAAUGCAAUGAAAAAUGGGCUGAUGAAUUGCUAGAUGGACUCCUCUUGCUACUGGAUGUCUGUGGCACUGCUAAGGAUGUCUUGUCACAGGCCAAAGAACACGUACAAGAUCUUCAAUCGAUGCUGCGAAGAAGACGGGCAGAUGAAUUUGAGAUUGCAAAGGAGGUUGGAGAGUACUUGGGCUCCAGGAAGAAGGCAAAGAAGCUGAUUCACAAGGUCUUAAAGGAUUUGAAGACUAAACGGACCUGCUCUCCUUCAGACAAAGGGAAUGACACCUUGGCCAUGGCAAACAUGGCAAGACUGAUUCAAGGAGUUACUCUCACCACACUCCAAUCUUUGCUGUUCUACGUAUCUGGAUUGAAGCCACAAUCGAAGCUCAGCAGCUGGGCCUUAGUUUCUAAUUUGAUGCGCUCGAAACAUGUAGCCUGCAUUGAAGAAGCAGUGGAAAGCAAUGAAUUUGAGAAGGUGGAUGCUGCAUUGCAAAUUCUGUUUGGUCAUAAAACGAAGAAAUCUAGUAACGUGCGCAUUGAGAAUGUGCAAACCGACUUGGGGAAAUUGGAGUUGAGCGUUGAAGAUCUUGAACAAGAACUAGAAUGCUUGCACAGGGGUUUGAUUAAAGCCAGAGUGUCCCUUCUUAACAUCCUUAAUCACUAGUCAGAAGAAAACCUUCAAAUCAGUUCAUUCUUGCACAGAAUUGCAAGAAAUG